AUGUUCCAUCUUUUGGUUCUUAUCACUACAAGGAAAAAGAAAAUUAACCAGGACAAUGGAAUUCUUAAGAUUAAUCGACUACUCUUGGAGGAGGAUAAUGCUUCCGAGAAUCAUAGUUCAGAGUACCAAUCAAUCAUUAAGGAGUUUCGUGCUUUUCUCAGUGACUGCAAGGAUGUGUUAGAUGAGGCAACUACAAUGAAACUAUUAGAAAGUUAUGGCAGAGUUGAUGAAUUGGUAUUUUUUGCUAGCCUAAAAGAACACUAUGAGAUUGUUAUUCACCAUUAUAUUCAGCAAGGAGAAGCAAAGAAAGCAUUGCAAGUUCUUCAGAAGCCUAAUGUUCCUAUAGAACUUCAGUACAAGUUUGCACCAGACCUAAUCAUGCUUGAUGCGUAUGAAACUGUUGAGUCUUGGAUGACUACAAAGAACUUGAACCCGAGAAAGCUCAUUCCAGCAAUGAUGCGUUAUUCAAGUGAACCACAUGCUAAGAAUGAAACCCAUGAAGUAAUUAAGUAUCUGGAAUACUCUGUUCACCGUUUGCUGAAUGAAGAUCCUGGUGUUCACAAUUUGUUGCUCUCAUUGUAUGCAAAGCAGGAGGAUGAGAGUGCUCUUCUGCGUUUUCUCCAGUGCAAGUUUGGUAAAGGACGAACAAAUGGCCCUGAAUUCUUCUAUGAUCCCAAAUAUGCACUGCGCCUCUGCCUGAAGGAGAAGCGGAUGCGUGCCUGUGUUCAUAUAUACAGCAUGAUGUCUAUGCAUGACGAAGCGGUAGCUCUUGCCCUACAGGUUGAUCCAGAGCUUGCCAUGGCCGAAGCGGACAAGGUGGAAGAUGAUGAAGACUUAAGGAAGAAGCUCUGGCUUAUGGUUGCCAAGCAUGUAGUUAAGCAGGAAAAGGGAACAAAAAGGGAGAACAUUCGAAAAGCAAUAGCAUUUCUCAAGGAAACCGACGGGCUCUUGAAGAUUGAGGAUAUAUUACCCUUCUUUCCAGACUUUGCCUUGAUUGAUGAUUUCAAGGAGGCAAUCUGCUCAUCGUUAGAGGAUUACAAUGAGCAAAUCGAAAAACUGAAGCAGGAUAUGAAUGAUGCAACACAUGGGGCAGACAACAUUAGAAAUGAUAUCAGUGCCCUUGCUCAGCGAUAUGCCAUCAUUGAUCGUGAUGAGGAGUGUGGGGUUUGCCGGCGGAAAAUCUUAACUGUGGGUGGGGAUUAUCGGAUGGCUAGGGGUUACGUAUCAGUUGGACCAAUGGCUCCUUUCUACGUCUUUCCAUGUGGACAUGCCUUUCAUGCACAAUGCCUGAUAGCCCACGUGACUAGAUGUACCAACCAAAUUCAAGCGGAAUAUAUACUCGAUCUGCAGAAGCAACUUACUUUACUGGGUAACGAACCUAGGAAGGAAUUAAAUGGUGGCUUAAUUGAAGGGGAACCGAUAAGCAGCAUGACGCCUGCAGAUAAGAUCCGAUCACAGCUGGAUGAUGCCAUAGCUAGUGAAUGCCCAUUUUGUGGCGACUUGAUGAUCCGCGAGAUCUCGUUACCUUUUAUCCUUCCUGAGGAAGCGGACGUGGUUAGUUCAUGGGAGAUCAAGCCACAUAACCCUGGAAGCCAAAAAAGCCUUUCUUUAGCUAUCUAAUCAGUCUCUGCAUAUUGGAAGUUUUCAUCUAAGGAGGUAAAUGUUUGUGCUUAUAGCUAGUUCAUCAUGGCUUUUGUGUUACUAAAUCGGCCUUUAAUUAUAUACAUGGUGACCGAGGAUUUUUAGAUAAAAAAAAAAAAAAAACCCCUCGCCCGGGUGUUGGGGGGUUUUCGUUGGUGGAGUGUGGGUUUCUUGUAUUUGUGUCUUUCAUGCUAUAUGAACCUUUGGUUGUUCGUAGUGAUUUCAUCCUUGUAUCAUUCUUUUUACAACCUCCAAUUCUUUGUUUGUUUAAUUUGAACAUGGACUCGUGUGCAGAUACAAUAGUAAAAUAUGCAUUGAUUUUUAUCAUUGAAUUCCACAAAAGCAC